AUAUUUAAUCGAAAAUGUUGCGUACAAUUUUCUUUGCGAGUGUACUUUUGUUUCUAAUUUCUAGUUCUUGCCAGGAAGAAUAUUUAAAAAAAUAUUCUAUUGAAGAUAACAAUGUAAUGCCAAAAUUAUUUAAAAGCACAAAUUUAAUUGACUUAACAAAAUUUAAAUUUAAGAACAACACAGGAGAACAUGUAGUUAGAGAAAAUAAUAAACGCUCCAAACAACCAAACAUUAAAGAGGAGAAGAAAACAGAGACCAUUCCAGCUGUGAAGAAAGUAAGGUUUACUGAAUUACUAGAAGAACAAACUCGAGACUCUAAACGUAAAAUAAACAAAACGACGCAUUCAAGAAACACGUGUGAUUUUACAAAAACAAUAUCUAAGAAUUCUGAAGACAUAAAAAAUCGAAUUUACAUACCUAGCUAUAAAGUAAAUAUUACAUGGAAUAUUGAUAAUCUUGGUAAUAUGACUGGCCUUGCCAGCAAAGUUGAUAAAAGAAGCACUGGUCUACCAAUGCCUGUACACAAUAGUGCACCUCCAGAUUACUUCGAUUGGAGAGACCAGAAGGCAGUGUCUCCAGUAAAAGAUCAGCAAAGAUGCCAAGCAUGCUGGGCUUUUAGUGCGGUUGCAAACAUAGAGAGCAUGCUGAAGAUCUACUUGAACAAAGAAUACGUAUUAUCGGAGCAAUUCUUAAUAGAUUGUGACUCCGACAGCGGCGGCUGCCGCGGUGGAGCCUCUUUGCUCAGUGUUUUCAGUUUCAUCGUCACUAAAUUAGGUGGUGUUCUCAAGUACCACAACUACGAACCCUACACUGCAAAGCAACAUGAAUGCAAGUAA